UUGGAGUUCCUCUGUUCUUUUUCUUUUUGAAUGUGGAUGCUCUUGUCCUCUUUUCUUUUUCCGGCUCCCUUUCAGUUUGAUUUGGGGAGAUGGGCUCAUGGAACGAGGCUUGAGGCUCGUUCCCUUUUCGGGUUGAUGUCCUUCUGAUGAUCUUUGGUUUCUUCUGGGGGCUUUCACUGCUGUACUUCACCUUUUUUCGCUCGUUUCGCUUUCCACGUUCCGUCGCUGAUUCAGAGCUGAGGGGCAGAGAGAUUGAUAAGUCUCUCUGCAUGCAUGAAUUCAGGAGUUGGGCAUUCAAUCAGUCUUCCUCAAAAAAAGCCUGAGCCAGCUUCCGUAAGAUCACCCGUCUUCUCAUCCCUUUCCCACAUUCUUUUCUAUAUAAUCCAGCCGUUUGCUUAGCCACUCUGCUCCCUCUUUCUCUCUCUCUCUCUCUCUCUCUCUCUCGCUGACCAUACUGAGUGUGUAAAACAAUGGGGAGGAUUCAAGAAUGGCUAUUUUGCCCCAGGAGUGGGCAAACAAUGGCCUUUUUGCUCUUGCUCUUUCUGUGGGGCUCAAGCCAAGUCACCUAUGUGGCUCCAGGUAGAGUCAUCUCCUCCAAGCUUCCGCAGAGAGGAGAGGACGAACAAGAGAAGGUGAUGUUGACGAAGAGCAUGAGGUCGCUGAUAGGGUCGAGGCCGCCGUUGUGCGAGAGGAAGUGCAGCUCCUGCGGGCACUGCGAGGCCGUGCAAGUCCCUUUUGUUCCCCAGCAAGUUCACGGCCCGAGAAGAGUCAGGAGUGCUCGUAGCCAUGUCGCUUCUGCAUCCACAAGGGUCGCAGCUGCUUACUAUGGGAGAGGCGAUGACAUCUCCAACUACAAGCCCAUGACCUGGAAGUGCAAAUGUGGAGACACGCUUUUCAACCCUUGAUCUG